AUGGGUUCCAUCACCGCGAGCCCCGUCGCUCCCGAUCUCGAGUUGGCAGAUUUUAUAGACUUUGAGAUCGACCAGUCUAUUCCCCAGGAUGCCCUCACUCGCGUUCUUAGCAGGCCACCAUUCCGAAUUGUUGAAGGGGUGUUCAAUAUCCGUGAUUUAGGUCAUAUCGGCCACCCGGGAAUCCAGCCCGGCCUGGUCUACCGCUCUGGACUCCUCGCCAAUCUCACAGAAGUCGGAAAAUCCCAACUCGUGUCAGAGUUGUCGCUGGGUGCUGUUUUCGACCUUCGAGUCACAGGGAAAGGGACACCCCCACCAGUCAACCUGAGCGACUUUACCGCCAAUGACGGCAACGAUGCGCAUGGGCCUGAGCGCGCUCCCGGAGCCGCAGGUUUCAAGCAGUUUGCUGCUAUUAAGGCUUCGUACAUGAUGGCGUUUCUGGAGGCUGUCCAGGUGAAAUAUGGCGGAAUGGAGACGUUUGUGGUGGAUGUGAUUGGUAUGAGCAAAGCUGAUGUCGAGGCUGUUCGGGCUGUAUUGAGAGGGGAAUCAUUAAGUGGUGAUUUGUAA